CUGAGCCUCACUGAGGUGUUUGUGAGGUGAUUCAGCCCUCCUGCCCCUUUGGCCUGGGCUGGGUGGGCUGAGAGCAGCUGCCCCAGCCCUGGCUGAGUGUGCCAGCUGUGCCUGGAGCUGCUGAGGCCCAGGACUGACCCAGGACUGACCCAGGACUGACCCAGGACAGACCCAGGACUGACCCAGGCCAUUGCUCUGCCCCUGAAGGACAGGAGGAUCGCUGAGCUCGAGGAGAAGAUAAAGACUCUUCAGGAAGGAGAAGGUGAUCCUGACCCUCCCAGCACGGAGGAGCUGGAGAUGAGGUGCCUUCAGCUGCAGAGCCAGGUCUGGGAGAUGGAGAGGUUCCUGAAUGACUACGGUCUGAUCUGGGUGGGGGAGACUCGGCAGCAGCUGGAGGAGACGGGGUCGGUCCGGGAUGGAGAGGAGCUGCCAGCAGGGAGCCUCUGCAGGCCGGGUGAGGCCGCCCUUUGCAAGCAGCAGAUUGAUUUCGAUCUGAUCCUGGAGAACAUUAAGGAUUUGAACUCUCUGGUGGGAGAGGGCAGCUGCCAGGUGGAGCAGACGGCCCGGGGGGCUCGGCUGCGGCGGGCAGAGCCCCUCCCUCUGACCCUGUACCGGGACGGCAUCACCGUGGGACACGGAGCCUUCCGGCCCUACCAGCACCCGGCCACGCAGCAAUGCCUGCAGGACAUCAUGGAUGGUUAUUUCCCCUCCGAGCUGCAGCCACGCUACCCCGAGGGGGUCCCCUUGCAGGUCACUGACAGGAGGGACGUGGUGUUCCAGAAGCCAACAGGGAGCUUUCCUGGCCUUGGCCAGGUGGUGGGAACUUCAGAAUCCAGCAGAGUGCAGGAAACCUCCAAGAUCCCAGGUGCCAAAGGCUCCUGGGAGCAGGUUCCCAACGAGUUCUGCCAGCCCCUGAAGCACAGAGGGAGCCUGGGCAGUGCCCAAGGAGCAGCUCCACAGGGCUCUGAUGGGCAGCAGAGCAGCAAGGAAAUCCUGGUGGGAACACCUGGGCUGGCUGCCCUGGAGAGGUGCAGGGUGAAGGCAGCAGAGGAGGCUGGAGCUGCUGAGUUCUGCAGGCUGCGCGUCAGGUCCGAGAGCGGGGAGCAGACCUACGAGCUGAGGAUGCUGCUCACAGACACCAUCGGGGACCUGCGCCAGCUCCUCGCCCACCUCAGGGGUGGAAACUCGGACUAUGAGAUCGUCAGCACCUUUCCCCAGAGGGUGUACACGGACAGCUCCAGGAGCCUGCAGGAAUGUGGGCUGGUCCCCAGGGCCUCCCUGCUGCUCCGCAGGAGAGACCCCUCCCAGCAGCAGGGGAGGGGGCUGCAACCAGCCUAGGAGCUGCUCUGCACUGCCAGGGAGCUGCCUCUCACCUUACCCGACCUGCCCUGGCUGGGAAAAAGGGAGAGGUUUUCUUUCCAGAUUCAGUUUCACUGUGGCACUACCUGGGAUGGAGAAGAGCUGGGAGCAGCCAUUUGGCCACUCCCUUUGGUAGAGGGGCCAGGCCAGUCCUGCUGCCUCACAGGGGCUGCUGUUCCCCAGGACAGCUGGGUCCCAGCACAGGGACACUUCCACCAGCUCACCUGGGCUCUGGGCCUGGCUCCUCAUCUCUGUGCAGGUUACACAGGCUGGCCCGUGCCCAGGGGAGCCUGCCAGCCUCACCCCAGCACUGGGCAGAGCUCAGCUGUGCUCAGGGCCUGGAGCAGCAGGAUGGACACACAGCCAGGGGUAGUUUGCAUCCUGCACACAGCUGCUCCCUGCAGAUCUCACCUGCACUGACAGCAGGGGACAAACAGGCUCAGUCCCACGGUCUGUGCUGGAGUUAAACCUGAGGGCCUUGAGCCAUUGCCUGGCUGGGGCUGAGCCAGGCUCGGCUCAGCUGGGAGAUCCUGCUGCUGGGCUUCCUGUACGUGCACAGCUCCUUCCCUUGGACAGCCCCCAGCUGCAGCGGGGCCCAGGCUCCAGCCUGCCUGGAGGUACCCGCCCUCCUCCUCCCGCUGCCGGUGCUGCAACAGGACACCGUGUCAUCGGAGAGCAGCAGAAUCCCUCUCUGCCCAGCCCUGAACAAAGCAUCUUCCUCCCUGGCCCGUGGGCUGGGGCUGCACUUUUCCCUUUCCCUUUCCCCAGCACAUUCUUCCCAUUCCAGCUGUGACAAGCUCUCACUUGACUCCCAGCUGACAACACUCCCACUCAUGCGAGGCAGGGCCUUCUGGCAGGUUCCCUCUUCACACAGACCCAGCCCUCAGUAAAGGCUCCCAAUAAAACCCUUGAUUCCA